AGUGUGUAGCGGAUAUAAACAGCAAAGGUUAAUUGGGCAGGUGAGCAGGUGAGGAACUCGAGAAGGAGGCGGCAGGCUGCGGGAAAAUUUGAUCCUCCAGCAUCAGUCGGUGCAUCCAGCCCUCUGUGUAUAUAUAAGACUGAGCCAGCUGUCAGCUGCCACCACAAAGCCUUAUCUGCUGCUGCUGCUGCUGCUGUUUUGGACCUGGACGGAGAGGAACCCGAGCCAACAGCGGACCAACAUGUCGCUCACCUCCAUCCUUUCAGCUGAGGCCAUUGAAAAUGCUGUCAAGGACUGUCAAGCUCCGGACUCAUUCUGCUACAAGAAGUUCUUCCAGCUGUGUGGCCUGUCCUCAAAGACGCCCAAGGAGGUCAAAGAUGUCUUCCAGAUCCUCGAUGAGGACAACAGCGGCUUCAUCGAGGAGUCUGAGCUCAAGUACUUCUUGCAGCGGUUCAUCCCCGGGGCGCGGACACUGACUGAGGCAGAAACCAAGAGCUUCAUCUCAGCAGCUGAUGAUGACAGUGACGGCAGAAUUGGAGCAGAGGAAUUCCAGACAAUGGUCCUGUCCUGAGUUCUGCAGAUGAAGAUAUCUCAAGUCGUCAGGUCCUCAGUCACCUCCCCAGCUCCGGAGUCAAAUGAUCCCAGCUUCCAUCCCCAAGUCCUUUUCUACCAAAUUCUGUGUGCAUUAAUUGUUUUUGAAUGACCUUUUGUCCAUUUAAAAACAACAGACUUUUAAUUUGUCUUUCCACUGUGAUGGUCCAUGUUUUCUUGUCUGUGCACGUCCCACCUCUGACAAUGAAUGAGAUAAAUAAACAUGUGGAAGCAUA